AUGUUGAAGAUUUGGUCCAUGAAGCAGCAGCAGCAACAAGCUGAGAAUGCCGAAGGCGGAGGCAAAAAGAAGAAGAAGGUCACCGCCGCACAACUGCGCGUGCAACGAGAUCUCCAAGAACUUACCCUCGGCAACACAAUGAAAAUGACCUUCCCAAACCCCGACGACAUCCUAAACUUCACCCUUAGCAUCGAGCCUGAUGAGGGCAUGUACAAAGGAGGCCUAUUCAACUUUACGUUCGCCGUGAACCAAAAUUUCCCGCAUGAUCCGCCAAAAGUCAAGUGUACGCAGAAGAUUUAUCAUCCCAAUAUCGAUCUUGAGGGGAAUGUGUGCUUGAACAUUCUAAGAGAGGAUUGGAAGCCUGUUCUUAAUUUGAAUGCUGUUAUUGUUGGCAUGCAGUUCCUUUUCCUUGAACCCAAUGCGUCGGAUCCUCUUAACAAGGAAGCUGCAGAGGAUUUGCGCUCGAAUCGUGAUGCUUUCAAGCGGAAUGUGCGCGCUUCGAUGGCUGGUGGAACUGUUCGGCGUGUUGCUUAUGAGCGUGUUCUUCGAUAG